GCUAAAACUAUGGAGUGUAAAGAAAAUUGUGUUACCGACGGAAUUGUCAUUCUGUGGGGGCUGCUUCUGAUUCAGCUCCUGGCAUUGCAGCUCGCAUCUGCCUCAGCACCAAGCAAUGCCUUACCCGGGUGCCAGCAACGCUGCGGCGACGUCGAGAUCCCGUAUCCAUUCGGCAUCGGCCCCAACUGCUCGAUGAACGUCGGCUUCGCACUCAACUGCACCUCGAGCAACGGCACACACAAGCCCUUCCUGAACGACGUCGAGUUCUUGAACAUUUCCUUAUCGUCGGGCCAAGCCCGCAUCUUCAACCGCGUGUCGGCGCUAUGCCACGACGGUGCAAGCAGCAACGCGACGUACAACCACAGCUGGCCUAUCAACCUGACGGCGUUGCCGUACCGGUUCUCCAGCACCCUCAACAAGUUCACGACCGUCGGCUGCCAGACGGUGGCCUUCGCCACAAUGAUCCACAAGACGCAUCAAUACUGGAGCGGGUGCACCGCCGUGUGCGAGGACGUGGGGAGCUUGACCAACGGCUCGUGCUCCGGCACGGGCUGCUGCGAGACCGCCAUCCCGAAGGGGAUAAGCUCCUACGACGUGCAGUUCUUGGACAACUUCAAUAGCUCCGACACGUACUGGUUCAGCCCGUGCGGCUACGCCAUGCUGGUGGAGGAAGCCGCCUUCGAGUUCAGCACCUCCUACGUCACGACAGGUGCGCUGCGCGACAGAAAGCUGCCGCUGGUGCUCGACUGGGCUGUGAGAAACAAGACGUGCCGGCAGGCCCGGCGAAACCGGACCUCCUACGCCUGCGUCAGCGACAACAGCGAGUGCGUCGACUCCGGCAACGGCCCCGGCUAUCUAUGCAAUUGCUCACAGGGCUAUCAAGGCAAUCCUUAUCUACCACAUGGGUGCCGAGACAUUGAUGAGUGUGCAAAUAAGGAUACAAAUCCAUGCUCUGGGCAUUGCAAAAAUACGCAAGGAGGAUUCACUUGUCACUGCCCGAAAGGUACAAAUGGAAAUCCUUACAUAAAUGGAACAUGCAAUCCCAUUCUUACACUGCGUGUGAAUGUGGCUAUAGGCGUUAGCGCUAGUUUAGUCACUCUUAUGAUUAUCACUUUAUGCAUAUACAUUAUCCGUGAAAGAAAAAGACUUACGGAUGUUAAAGAAAAAUACUUUCAACAGUAUGGAGGCAGGUUGUUGUUAGCAGAAAUUGAAAAGAUACGGGGACUUGCUUUCAGGAUAUUCACAAAAGAAGAGCUCGAAGAAGCAACAAACAAAUUCGACAUGAGCAACGUCAUCGGACAUGGCGGAAAUGGUACGGUCUACAAGGGAGUUCUAAAAGAUUAUCGUGUCGUGGCCAUAAAAAAAGCGAAGAUUAUUGACGAAAAACAAAAGGAGGAAUUUGGAAAGGAGGUGAUAAUUCUUGCCCAGAUCAACCACAAAAAUAUCGUUAAACUACUCGGAUGCUGUUUGGAAGUAGAAGUCCCUAUGUUGGUGUAUGAAUUCGUUUCGAAGGGGAACUUGUUCCAGUUACUGCAUGGCAAGAGCCCGAGAGUCCAUGUCAUCUUCGAAACUCGUCUGCGAAUAGCGGCGGAGUCUGCAGAAGCACUUGCGUACUUGCACUCAUCAGCAUCACCUCCGAUAAUUCAUGGAGAUGUCAAGUCGUCCAACAUUCUUCUGGACGAUCGUCACAUGGCGAAGGUGGCUGAUUUCGGAGCGUCGAGGUCAGCUCCAAUGAAUGAGGUCCAAUAUGUCACUUUGGUGCAAGGGACUUUAGGUUAUUUAGACCCAGAAUACAUGCAAACAUACGAAUUGACGGAUAAGAGUGAUGUUUAUAGCUUCGGUGUAGUUCUACUAGAGCUACUCACGGGUAAAAAUGCAGUUUCUUUGGAAGGGUCCGAAGAAGCGAGGAGCCUUUCGUCGAAAUUCCUAGUUGCUAUGAAGGUGAAUGGUCUUUACGAACUUCUUGAUGAUCAGAUUAAAGAUGAUGAGGAAAUUGAGCUAAUUAAAGCAGUUGCUGCGCUUGCGAGAACUUGCUUAAGCAUCAAAAGAGAAGAAAGGCCUUCAAUGAAAGAUGUAGCAGAAGAGCUUGGUAGAUUGAGAAAGCUGAAGCAAAACUGUUUGGAACACCAUAAACCCAUUGCAUCGUUCGACUAUGAUCAUGAUCUGGGAGAUGCCACAAUUUACCAUAGCUUAGAGCAAGAAGUUGUGAUGAGUAUAGAAUCUAGAUGAUAUAUAUAUAAGAAGUGUUUCUCGCAUUAGACAUGAUAGAGAAUACGCUCUCAGGACUUUUACUGGGCUAUGUUCGGCUACCCGUGUUAAAAAUUAGUGCUAAACUUAUUUUAUUUCUUUCGAUUGUGCUAGACUUAAUAAAUGUA